AUGCAACAGCUGUCUCCUCUCUCUCAAAGUCAGCAGUUUCAGUCGUCCUGCACUAACAAUGGCUUAUCAAUGUUGCAACCGCCUCAAAUGCUGGUGAACCGGCCUCAGGACAAACAAAACCAACCGAUUGGAGGAGGGGUCAGAGCCUAUUCAGGCAUCACAGAUGGAGGAGAUGCACCUUCCUCUUCAACCUCGCCUUCCACCAACAACUGUCAGAUCUCUUCUUCUGGCUUUCUCAACAGAAGCCAAAGCGGGCCAGCGAUCUUGAUACCUGAUGCAGCGGCUGAUAUGCCUGGUAAUCUUGUUCAGGAGCUUUACAGCAAAUCUGAUACGCCACUAAAACCAGAUCUAGUGUGUCAGCAAAAGUCCAAAGCUACUUUAACAGAUCAUCAACUAGAAGCAUCUGCCUCUGGAACUUCUUACGGAUUAGAUGGUGGCGACAACAACAGACAGCAAAAUUUCUUGGCUCCAACCUUUGGCCUUGACGGUGAUUCCAGAAACAGCUUGCUCGGAGGAGCUAAUGUUGAUAAUAGCUUUGUGCCUGACACAUUGCUCUCGAGGGGAUAUGACUCCCAGAAAGAUCUUCAGAACAUGCUUUCAAACUAUGGAGGAGUGACGAAUGACAUCGGUACAGAGAUGUCUACUUCAGCUGUUAGAACUCAAUCUUUUGGUAUCCCCAAUGUGCCCGCCAUUUCUAAUGAUGUGGCUGUCAAAGAUGCUGGAGUUCUUGGUGGCGGAUUAUGGGCUGCUCAGACUCAGCGAAUGAGAACUUAUACAAAGGUGCAGAAGCGAGGUUCAGUGGGGAGAUCAAUAGACGUCAACCGUUACAGAGGUUACGAUGAACUAAGGCAUGAUCUAGCUCGCAUGUUUGGGAUCGAAGGACAGCUUGAAGAUCCGCAAACAUCAGACUGGAAACUUGUUUAUGUCGAUCAUGAAAACGACAUCCUUCUAGUUGGGGAUGAUCCAUGGGAGGAAUUCGUGAACUGUGUACAGAGCAUAAAGAUCCUUUCAUCAGCUGAGGUUCAACAGAUGAGCUUGGACGGAAACUUUGCGGGUUUACCAGUUACUAAUCAAGCUUGUAGCGGCGGCGAUAGUGGCAAUGCUUGGAGAGGUCAUUAUGAUGAUAACUCAGCCACCUCGUUUAACCGGUGA